AUGUGUGAAUACGGAUUGGCUGAUUCAAUCUUCAGCCACCCUUUUUGAAUUUUGUCUGUUCCAGCAUGCGACUGUUUAUUUCGUAGCCGUAGGUUCGUGUGUAGAGACGUAUGGGCUUUUCAUAGAAAGAAGCAAUACUUUGCCGGAGUCUUAAAAGGUUGAAAUCCCUUUGAGAUAAAGGUUCAGCCAAGAUGACGAUCAACUUGGGUGUUAAGGCUCUUCUCGGCUGGGUCAACGCAUUAAAACUGUCAAACCGUGAGAUCGCUAUCGACGAUUUGAAAGAUGGGACAAUCCUCCUGAAAAUUGUUUGUAUGCUGAAAAAGGAAUCCAACUCCCACUUCAGUAAUUCCAUUGAGGAACGAUUCAAGCUCAUUGCAGACUUUCUGGAAAGGGAUUGCAGAUUUUGUUCAACCAAAGGAACUUCAUUAUCUUGGGACAACAUAAAAGAUGGUGUCAACCUAACCGUAGAAAUUGCAAAGGUGCUUCUGUUGCUCGUCUAUCACGAUGUCAUGAAUGACCGCUUCACUCUCAAUAAGUUGGAAUGCGACGUGGAGCGAGAGAUAGCAAACCUAACUGGUUCCUUUGUGAUGGAGAGCAACGGAUGCGUUUAUUUGAGCAAAGGACUGGAUGCCAAUUUGACAAGGAAACAUUUGCCUGUCGCCCGUGAAAUAUUUGAGAGAUCAGCAACCACUUCAACCUCCAAUGUGUCGACCAUCUCCUCCUUUUCAGAGGACGAUUCUCCGGUCUUCCUCCGCACACAGAAAAUCACUUUUGUUGACAUGCAAACUGUGGCUUCCACCUCAGUCAGCAGGUCUCCUCUGCAGGAUAUCAUGAACACGCCUAAAUUUCAAUUGAGGAAGUUGCAACGUCAGAUGAUCAAGGAGAGAGACUACAGAGACGGGUUGGAGAAGGAGCUGGCCAGCAAGCUUGCACUCAUUGCACAGAGAGAGUCCCAUAUUAACCAGUUGCAGUAUCGCCUGGAUAAAAUGAAAGAAGAGCAAGGUGAUCAGGAUAAUGUCAUCAGGGAACAGCUCAAUGAGCUUCAGACCAAGAACAACACGUUAAGCACUCGUCUAAAUGAGAUGUUAAAGCAAAACAAAGACUUCAAGAUUAACUCCUCACUUAUGGAGCGCAAAGUGGAUGAGCUGUCAGAUGAAAACGGUGAACUCUCAUCCCAGGUGAGAACUGUGCGUUCACAGCUGGCUCUAUUUGAGGCAGAAGUUGGGAGGCUGAAUGAAAUCCAAGCAUCCACUCGGGAGGAGUGGAGAAGCAAAACAGUUCACCUGCAGUCUGAGCUGAACCAAGCUACUACUCAAAAGGAGCUGCUGACUGAACAGAUUCAUAUCCUGCAGGGGUAGAUUUCCUGUUUUGGAGGAUGAUAU